GCUUGCCCCAGACAACUUUCUUUCUCAACUCGCCUUGCACAGCAGUCAUCGUGCCAAAGAGGAAGGAAUAGGAGUUUUUACUUUCUCCUCCCACUCAAAACUGAAUGGAAGUACUCUUUCGGAAUCGGAAUAGCAGGAGACACACUCAUUUAGCUUAGGCAUUGAUUUAAUUUACCCGUCCGGUCAGCGACUUCUUUGUUGUGUUUUUUUUUAAGGAUACUCAUGCGUCGGGAAUGCCACCAUGGCCACGCCGAACAGUCUUCAGCAGCAGCAGCAGGAUUACUUCAGAAGCGUCAGCAGCGAAUCCACCACGUAUAUGAUGGUCCCGGCCACGGCGGCAGCGGCAAACACGCGACGCGAUGCCGCGCCGUCCAAGAUGUGGGUCGCUAUGGUGGUGAUUGUGGUGGUCGUUCUACAGAUUGCCUCUACCACAGGUCUGUUCGUCUACCUGAAUAUGUCGAUAUCACAGGUGCGUAGCCAGGGCGUGACAGAGGAGCUGAAGUGCCUCAGUCUGCUGAAUGCUCUGGAUAAAGACCAGGACAUCCCAGAGGACCUGGCUCAGCUGUUUGGAGAACCCUGCAUCAAGCUGGCAGAGGGCAUCAAGGCCUACAUCUCAAAGGUGACCGAGAACAUAAUCUCCAAGCAGACGUUUCAGGAAGCGAGAACGUUACCUCGCACCUUCAACACUUCCGGGUCAAAGUUUGCGACCUCUGUGACCCAGCGUCCGUCAGCCCACCUGACCCUCAGAGACAGCAGUGCUCAAGGGUCUCCUUUGUACCCCACCCCCCAGCCCGACCUCCACCAAUCAUGUCGCCACGCCGUCCGUUCCUGGGCCAAUCAGAGCUUUGGAGCCCAUCUUCACAACAUGACCUUAGCCAAUGGGAGGCUGCGUGUGCCCCAGGAUGGGCGGUACUACCUGUACUCACAGGUGUACUUCCGCUACCCAUCCCUUACUGAAGGGGACCAGCAUACAACCAGUCACCAGCUGGUCCAGUGUGUUUACAAGAAGACAUCCUACCUGAGACCCAUCCAGCUGCUGAAGGGUGUCGGCACCAAGUGCUGGGCCCCAGACGCAGAGUACGCCCUCCACUCUGUGUACCAGGGAGGGCUGUUUGAGCUAAGGGCCGGGGAUGAGCUCUUUGUCUCUGUCUCAUCCCCCUCCAUGGUCCAUGCGGAGGAGUCAUCAAGUUAUUUUGGGGCAUUCCGUUUGGACCUGUAAAGAUGGACGGAUGGAAAAGAGAGGGUGGUACACCGCCGGAAGAGGGGGAUGGGUGGGAUAAAAAGGAAAGGUGGGGGAAAGGAGGACAGGGUCAGGACACUGCCAGGGUAAGGAAAGGGGGGGGGGGUGAGAGGAGAGGAGAGGAGAGGAGGGGAAGAAGGGGGAAACCCCAAGGAUUAAAUCCCUACUCCCCCUGCUUCCCUGGACACUCCAAAGUGAAUUCUAAAAAGGAUCUGUGGAUUCCAUAUGAUUCUAUAUGAUUCCAUAUGAUUCUAUAUGAGAAAACGCUGGACAGACACUGAGGAUCAAAUGACAGAAGAAUGUAUUGGUUUAUUGAUAUAUAAAUCACAUAAUAGAAUGUGGAUCUAUGGAACAGAACGGUAGCGAGACAAAAAGAUCACAUUUGUGAUGAUGUGAUAGCCAAGAUUUGUGCCAUGUGUUCAUAGGUUACAUACUGACUGUAUAGAAUGGAAGGAGUUGAUCACAGAAUGUAGAAUGAGUUCUGUUCUAUUCAUUCUAUUUGUAUGGAGUUGACCAUCUGUUCUGAGGGUUCUGACUGGACAUAUGGCCGUUUGGGAAA